AUGUUAAGGAGAGAAAAAAAAUUAAAGAAAAAAGUAUACAGUGAUGAAUUUAAUAAUAUAAAUAAAAAAAUUAAAGAUAAAUUUAUAUUUAUAUAUUUAAUAGCAGUUGGAGGAUUUUCUUGUGUCUAUAAGAUAAAAAAAAAAAAAAAAAAAAAAUUUUACGCAUUAAAAAAUGUAAAGUUUUCUGCAAAUAUAUUUAAUUAUGAAAAAAAAAUUUUGUUAAAUUUAAGAGAAAUUGAAUGCUUGAAUAAAUUGAAGAACCAUCCUAAUAUUGUUAGAAUGCAUGAUUGCUGGUUAGAAGUUAAUGAGGUUUUAUCAAAAUCAAAAAAAAAAAAAAAUUUAAUUAUUUCAUUAUCAGGUGAUUUACAGAAAAAUAAUAAAAAGAGAUCUUCAAACCCUUCAAAUAAUAUCAAAUCACUUUAUUUAAAUAAAAAUAAGAACAAAGUUACUGCUGGUAACUUACUGCAAUUAUCAAAAGCAAAUGUAUUUAAAGAAAUAAACUACUUUAAUAAUAAUGAAGAAAUUGAUAUUAAUAAUUAUCAAUUAGUAACUUUUAAAAAUAAUUGUAAUAAAAAUGAAGUAUGUAAAAACAAAAUAAAUUUUGCAAAUGUUUCUGAAAAUUUGAAAAAAAAAAAAAAAAGUAAUAAUGGGAAAACUGAAAAAGAAAAUAUUUUAUUUUUUUCAGACAUAUAUUUAAUUAGAAAAAAUAAUUCAUUCUUCAAAAUGAAUAGUUAUGAUAAAUGGAAAAUGUUGCAAUUAUAUGAAAAUUAUUUAGAAAAAGAGAAACCUAAACCAUCUCAUGAUAUAUAUAAAAUGAGUGAUUUAAACGAUUUCUUUAUGAAAAUAAAAAAAACAAAGGAUGAUUUUAAAAUUUAUUAUAAUUUUUUUUCAAAUUUAUCAAAUAAUCCCUCAUAUCUUCAAAUUAAGUUUAAAAAUAAAUGUGAUUUAAAUUAUUUUAUUCUUUGUAAAAAUAUAAAUAAUUUCACUAAUUUAUUAUUUAAAAACAAUUAUAAGAUCUCUUGGACAUAUAAAAAAUAUUUUAGCAGUUUAACAAACAUUAAAGAAAAUAAUAAUAAUAAGCAGUAUAAUUUUUUUUUGUGUAGAAAUUUGUUAUGCAAUAAAAAAAAAUUCAAGAAAACGGGCUAUGCAUAUAAAUAUAAUAGAUUUAUUUUAAAAAGUUGUUUUUCUUCUAAUUAUUUAAAAAUAAAUAAGGACCUCAAAAAAUCAAAAACAAAUCAAAGUAAUAAAAUUAUUUAUAAGCAUAAAUUGAAGAAAAAUAUUAUUUUUCAUAUAAAAGGAAAUACACAUAUUUACAAAACUAUAGGUAAUUUUUUAUAUAUUGUUGGUAUCUCCAAGUUAAAUUUAAAUGAUUCAAAAAACAUUUUAAAUAAAUAUUUAUUAAAAAAUAUAAAGUUAAGAUAUUUAAUUUGGAAUAAUUCUAACAAUAAUAAUGAAAAUAAUUUCAUACAUCCUAAAAAGUAUGAAUUAAGCGAUAAUAAAUGUUCUUUAAAAUAUUAUAUUCUAUAUGAGAAAACAAAAAGGAAAUUUUAUGAUUUAACUAAUGCUCAUAAUAGUGUUAUUAAAAGAGAGGAGAAUAAAAGAAAAAAAAUUGUCUUAAAAAAAAAGAAGAAAGAUAUACAUUUUUCUUCAUUCAACAAUUAUUUACUUUUUUUUUAUAAAACUCAAAAAAAUUUUGAAAUAAAAAAUAAGAAAGUUGUCAAAAUUACUCCAUCUAAUUUAUAUGUAGAAUUAGUAGUUUUACUUUUUAAUUUACUUUUUAACAAAGAUAAAAAAAAAAUAGCUAAUGAAAUUUACAUAAAUUUAAAAAAUUUUAAAAUGUUACAACAUAAUUUAAAUAUAAAUAAAUUAGAUGAUUAUUAUAAUAAUAUAAAUAUUAAAAAAAAAAAUGUUAUUAUUAAGUCAUUUCUUUUGAGAAUCCUUUUUUUUUUAAUUUUAAAAAAUAUAGAAAUAAAUAUGGAAAUCUCUUUUAACCUUUUUUUAAAAAAAACAAAAAACAUGUUUUUAAUAAAUAUAAAUUAUCAAGAAAGAUUAAUAAGAAUAUAUUUAUUAGUUUUAUUUAAAAUAUUAAAAAGUAGAAAAGUUCGUAUUAUAAGUAAAAUUCAACAAAAUAUAUGUAGUGUAUUAAAAUAUGUGGUAGCAUUUUAUAAUAUAAUAAGAAAUAGAUCCAUAAAUAAUGUAAAAAAUACAAAUUUUAUAAAUAUUAAGAAAUGGAAUAGAAUAAAUGAGUUAAUAUUGCAAAAUAAAUUAAAAUAUAAUAGUGUAUUAAAAAAAGAGGACUACGAAAGUAAAUUGUACCAUCACAAAACGAUGAAGAAAACAGAAAAAUAUAAAAGCUGUUUAAGUUAUACAGGAAAUGAAAAUGAUGAUAACAAUAAUAAUUUUAAUUGUAGUAAUGAUUAUUAUUCAUACUUCAUUGAUAAAAAUGAAAAUAAUAUUAAAAAUGCAUAUAUUAGAGAAUAUAAUUUUAAUUACUUUCAUAAUAUGAACGAUAGAAAACAUUAUAGCAAAAGUAUUAAUAAGGAUAUACUAAAUUGGAAUUUAAUCAACCCUAUAAUUAAAUAUGAAAAUAACUUAAAGGAAAAUUUUUUUUAUAAUCCUAUUAAAAAAAAUAAUUUAAAAAAUACAAUAAAUAAUAAUAAAAAUAUUAAAAGACCGUUUAAUGUUCCCUUAAAAAAUGAUUUUAUUGAUCAAAAAAAAUUUAUCAGAUUUAAAUAUGACGAUACAUAUUUUAUGCACGAACUAAAAAUUAUUAUAAACGAGAAUAUUAUGAAAAAAAGGAAAAUACCUAUCCAUAAAAUUGAUGCAUAUUAUAACAAUUACUUUUUUAAUAGUAUUUUCAGUCAUGAUGAAAAAAUAACUUUAACAAAAAAACAAUUUAUAAAAAGAAUUUUCAGUAAUCAAAUUUAUAAAAACGAAAGAUUUUUGGAAUUAAUAAGAAAUAACUCAAAAAAUAUUUUUAGUGAAUUUGACAAAUUAUCGUAUAAUAAUAAUAACAUAAGACAUCUAAAAAAGAUAAAAGAUAAGACAGUUAUAAUUUAUAAUGAUUAUAAUAAAAUUAAGGAUGGUUAUUUAGAAAACGGUAACAUAAAUAAUAGUAGUAAUAAUAAAAUUAAUUUAGAAAAAAACAACUUAAUAAAAAAUAGACUACUAAAAAAAGAGUACAUAAAUGUUAACAAGAAAAGAAUUUUAAUGAAAAAAAAAAAAAAUGUAUAUAAAUACGAAAAUAAAGAAAUUCAAAAUAAUAUAUAUGAUACAAAUAAUUCUCAGAAUUGUUUAACAUAUAUAAAUACUAGCUCGCUUUAUAAAAUGAAUACAUAUCACAAGAAAAAUGAAGUGAAAUAUGUUUUAUUCAAAAUGCAAUGUAAUAAUAAUUCACUUGAUAAUAAAAUAAAAAAAGGAGAAAAGGAAUACUGUACAAACAGUCUUGAAAAUAAAAAAGAAAUAUUAAGUAUGAUGAAUUUUAAUCAGAAACACAAUAAUUUAAAAAAUAUUAAUGGUAUGAAACUCAAACAAAGUAUAAAUAAUACACCAAUAAAUAAUUCUAAUAAGAAGAAUAGUAAAAAUAUAAACAUAUUCGAAACAAUGCAUUGCAAUUUGAUUUAUUGUAUUACCUUAAUUUUUUUUAACAAAUUUCCUGAAUAUGAAAGAAGUGCAUAUCACCAAUGUAAUAUUUUUAACGAUAUUUAUCAAAAGAUAUAUUUUUUACUUUAUCUGAAAUCAAAUUUAGGUAUAAAGAACAAAAAUAAAAAAAAAUUUCUUAUAGAAAAUAAUAAGAUGGAUACUUUCUUUAAAUUUUGUAAUUCACUUAUGAGUAAACAAGACGAAAAAUAUUAUCUACUGAAUUGUAAAAAAUUAAAGUUGUUUUUUUCUAGAAACAAUGUUAAAAAAUAUUUCAAAAGAAAAAGUUUGAGGUUUCUUUUUGAUUUACUUUAUAAAGUAUCAGUUAUUUAUAAUUAUUUAUUGACAGUUAAAAUUCAAAGAAAUACCUACGGUAAUAGGUAUUUCCUAAAUUUAUAUAUUAUAUAUAGUAUUAAAGAUAAAAAUUGUCUUUUUCAAAAAAUUACAAAAAAUUGUUAUUUUUCAGGUGUACAUGUAGAAAACAUUUGUUUUAAUAAAAGGAAAAUAUUUUACUAUUAUAUGUUUAGUUCUAUUUUCAAAGUAAAUAACCAUUAUUUUGAUAACAUUUGUGAAUAUAAUAAUUAUAAUAAUUUAUUAAAUAUUAUGAACAAAAAUAUUUUAAUAUAUAAUAUAUAUGUUGAAUUAUUCGUUAUAUUCACACUAAAGUUUUUUAAAAAUUUUUAUAUCUUUAAUAAAAGUUUUAGAAAAUAUUAUAAGAACAGCAAAUACAAAUUAUGUAAACAAAAAAAUACGAAUAAUGUCUUUUAUAUUUCUUGUAUAAAAUGUUAUAAAAUUUAUUUAUUAAGAUUUUAUAAUAUUCUCUUAAGUAAAAUUAAACAUUAUGAAAUUAAUAUAAUCAUAUUACUUUGUUUCAUAGAAGAAAAAUAUUUAAAUCAUUUAAAGCGUGACGAAGGAGGUUAUUACGUUAAUUUAUUUAAGCAUAACCUGUAUUAUUUUAUGAGAAAUAAUAACUUUUUAAAAAAUGAAAGUAAUAUAUUUAAUUUAUAUAACAUAUAUCAUAAUACGAAUAUUAAAAAUAAUUUAAUGGAUGAACUAAAUAAUUUUUUUAUUUUUAUUAUUCAUUUUUACAAUUAUUACGAAAUAGUUAAAAUUAUUAAUCAAAACAUUCUUAAGGAAUUUGUUAGUAUCCCAUUUUUACCUAUUUUAACAAAUGGAAAAAAAAAAAAAAAAAAUGAAAAAAUAAAAACGAUUAUUCAAGAAUUUAAAAAGAGAAUAAUUCUAUUUCAUGGAGUAAAGGAAAAAGACAUAAAGAAAAAUAUUUUUAUGAAUGAAUUAAAACAUAAUUAUUAUAAAAAUUCAAACGAAAAUAGAACUAAAUUAUUUAAUUAUAACAUAUUAAGUAAAAACAAAAUUACUACUUAUCAUCAUAAUUUUUUAAUUACAAAUAUAAUUAACUUUUUAAAUUGUAGCAAUUUGAUAACAAACAUAUUUAUAAAAAAAAAUGAACAGGUAUAUUUAUCAUUGAAUGAGGAAGAAGUAAUAAAUAAUUUAUUUAUUAUCAAUUUUAAUAAUUAUUUCAUAUACUAUAUGUAUUUCUUAACUAAAAUAAAAAAAUAUAAAAAUUUAAAUAACAAAAAUAUAUAUUCUUUGCCAUUAUUAAUAAAUAUAGCUAUUACUAGAAAAACAAAUUUAGAUAUAAUUUUUAAUAUAAAAUCUAUUAGUAGUGAUUUAUUUGUUAGUAAUCCUUUACUAAUUUUUAAAAAUAUUUUAUAUCAUAACAAUUCAAAUAUUAAUAUAAAAGGUUCUUAUUAUAAAAAUAAUAAUAAUUUUAAGAAAUUCAGGUAUAACAAUAACCAUAUAUGUUAUAAUAUUUUUAAAAAAUCAAGUAAUUAUUUGCAAAUAUACUAUUACAAUAUGCUUAAGGAAUGUUUCCAGAAAUAUAGUAAAACCAUUUUACUUCUUGAUUAUUAUCCCUUAAUAUUUGAAAGGAAUAUUAGUUUUAUAAAAAAAAAGUAUUUAAAAAAUUACUUAUUAAGCAAAAAUAGGAAACAUUCAUUUUACAAGUCUGUUUCAUUUAAAAUAAGUAAAAAAAAAUGGGCUAUAAUUAAACACAAUAGUUUAUUUAAAACAGAUACGAGUAAAAGAAAAUGCAUUUUAAAAAGAAAUCAAAAAAAGUUAGAUGAUAAAUAUUUUAUUAAUAAUAUAAUUAAAAGUUGUAUGAAGACUAAAUUUUUUUAUAUUAAAGUUACAAGAAUUAUUUAUAAAAAAAAGGAAAAAUAUUUCAUAUUAAAUAUUUUAAAAGACAAGAAAUAUUCUUUUCAGUAUUUUAAUAUUUUUGAUAUGUAUCAUAUGAAAAUUCACAGGUAUAAUAGUUUUAAUUUUUGUCAGAUGCUUAGUGAUUAUACUAAAGAAUACAAAAAAAAUAAUAGUAAUAUAACAAAUAUAAAUAAUGAUAAUAUUCAGCAUAUUAAAAAAAUAUAUAUCAAUAGUUUAAAAAAAAAAAAAAAAUACCAUACAUUUUUAAAAAUACUCUUUAAUGAGAUUAAUACUUCAAACAAAUGUGAAUAUAAUAAAAUGAAAUUAAAGAAAAAUAAUUAUAACUUUAAUGAUAAACAUAAAAAUAAAAAAAAAAAAAAUAUUAUUCAUAAUUCUGAAAAAAAAAAAGUGCAAGUAUUGAAUGAGAGUACGGUAUUUUUAGAAAAAUGGAAGAACGAAAAAUUAAAAAAAAAAAAAAUUCAGCACUUUUUUGAAAAUAUUCAAUAUUCUAGUGAAAAUGAAGACUUUAAAAUAAUUUUUGAAAACAGUAGUAAUAACGAAGAGAAAAAAAUAAAAAAUAAGAAAAAAAGAAAAAUUGUAUUAAAAAAUAAUGGAAUAAAAAAAAAAAAUACAAAUCUUAACUAUAUUAAAGCAUGUCACCAUAUUUAUAAAAGAAAGCGAAGAAAUAUUUCUUCAUGUUGCUAUAUUAAAAUGCGAAGUCAGGUUGUAAACGAAAAAAUUAUCAAUUAUGCUUCUUUAAAAAAUAGAUUUAGUCAGAAUGACCAUGAUAUAUACGGUAAAUCUUCUAUUAGCAAUUCACUGAAAUUUUUUUUAUUCAGUAAUAAUAAUAAUAAGAAUUUUUAUAAUACAUCUAAUAAAGUCAAUAAAUCAAAUAGUGUUAAUAAUUUUAAUUGUAAUUAUGAUACGUGUAAUAAUUAUAACUUUGAUCAACUUAAUGAACACAUUCAAGUUAAAAAAGAAAAUAAUAAUGAUAAAUAUAUUGAUAAGUGUUUUUCUUCAAGUUUAAAAAAAAAUUAUAAAACAUUAGAACUCUUAAAAAGGGAGCUAUUGGUUAAAAAUCCCUCAAAUGAAUCUUCACUUUUGAGAAAUAAAACUGAUUUAUAUUACAAUACACAUAAUAAAAAUAAAUGUAACAAACAUAGUAAAAUACAAUUUAAUAAUUAUGAUAAUAGCAAUGGUUUGAGCAUUUUAGAAACUAAUAUGAUAAAAAAAGUAUUAAGUAAUUCAAAUAAUAGUUUAGAUAAUGGAAUUAUAAAAGGGAAUAAUUUAAAGAAAAAUAUAACACAUCUUUAUUCUGAUGAAAUAAAGACUAAUAAUGAAUUAAAAUAUGAAUAUUUUGAUAUAAAUUAUAGUAAAAAUAUUAUGUUUCAUUCUAUUGAUAUCGACUCAAUUAAAAAUUAUGAACUGAUGUAUAACACCACUUGCUCCUUUAACGACUCAUCAUAUAAGAAAAAAUUAAAAUUUUAUAAGAGAAAUUUUUGUAAAAAAAAAAUGAAGAAUAAUAAUAGAAUAAAAAAAAAGAAAAAAGUAUACAUUUUUUUUGAAAAAAUAAAUUCUCUAAGUUAUUAUAAAAACAAAGCAAAGUUUAAACCAAAAAAAAUAAUAAAGAAAAUUUGCCAAAUAAAGAGAAAUUCUAAUUUAAAAUCAAAAAAUUUAGAUAAAAAAACAAAAAUAUAUGCUUUUGAUAAUAAUAAUAUAUUAUUGAAAAUUCUGAAAAAAAAUAAAAGAAAAUAUAUGAAAACUAAUAAAAAUUUUAGUUCUUCCUUAGAUUUAAAAAAUUCUAAUUCGUUCAAAUAUUUUACGAGAAUUAAUAGUGAAAUAUCACAUCAAGAAGAAUCAUCAAGAAAUUUUGAUAAUAUACAAAAUCAGAAAACUUUAAUUCAAGACCAAUAUAUAAAUGACAAUAGUUUAUUAAAAAAAAAUGGAGAUAUUUCUAGAUUACCUAAAAUGGAAAUAACUCAUAUUAAAUUAAUUUUUCUUAUGAAUUUAAUGAAUGAUUUUAAUCAUAUCUACAAUAUUUUGAAAUUAAGUUUAAUGAAUAAUAUGUAUUAUAAUUUAUUUAAAAGAGAAAAGAUGAAAUAUGUACUUUUUUGUAUAGAGUAUAUUAAAAUUUUUUACAAAAAUCAUUUCUUAAAUAAAACCAAUUAUAAAAAAAAAUUUCUUAUAAGAAAUCAACAUGAGAAUACGAUAUACGAUGCUAGUUCAAUUAAUAAUAAUAAUGUCUUCAAUACUCUAAAUUUAGAAUUCAAUGAAAAAUUAAAAAAUAUUUCAAACGAAGAUUUUUUUUUUAAUAAUAAGAGAUUUCUUGAAAAUUAUUAUAAUUAUUAUUUAUGCCACAUUAAUCAAAAUAAAAAAAAUAAUUUUUAUUAUAAUCAAAAAUUAAUAAGCACAAAGAAUAUUAUCUCGUAUAAUUUUAAGUUGAAAAAGCUUUAUAAUAUAAAAAAAAAAAUUAUCAAAAAAAAACAGAUUGUGUAUAUUAAUAAUAAAAUGCCUAACAUGAAGAUGAAAAUUUUUCAUUUUGCAAAGAAACUAACAAAAAAGGGAAAUGGAAUAAGUAAAAAGAGAAAGAAAAAUAUUACAUUUUUUAAUUCAUAUUUAAAUAAUCAAGUAAUUAAAAAAAAUAAUAUGAAAAUUUUUCUUUUAAAUGUUGCAACUCAUAUUUUUUCCUUUGAUAAAAUGAAUGAUAAAAAAAAUGUUUAUUAUCCUUUAAGAUUUUAUCAAAUGAAUAACAAAAUAAAAAAAAAAAAAAAAAUUUUAUGUGAAAAUAAAUAUUUUUAUAAAGAUGACUUUUUAAAUGUUCAAGGGCAUUCACGUUCCUCUUUAAUGGAUAAUUAUUUUUUUCAAAAUGGUGUAAUUUACGAGUACUUUAAGUAUUAUUUUUUUCUUCUUAACUGUUUUAAUGCAAUAAGACAAAUGAAUUGUACACUGAAAAAUAUACAUUGUUUUUACUUAAAUAAAAGUGAUUAUAACUGUAAUGAUAAUAAUCCUACAUACAAAAAUAAAAGUUACAGUACUAGUAAAUAUUAUAAUUAUAACAUUAGUGAUAAACAUAAGCAUAAGGAUAAUAAGAAAGGUAAUAAUAUUGGAAAAUGCUUCAGUUAUAUGGAUAAUAAUGAAAUUAAUCAUUACAACUGUUAUGAGAGGUAUGUGCAAAAUGAUAGUAAUAAAAACAUUAAUCAUAUACAUAUGAAAAUAUUAAGUAAGUUAAGUGGAAAGGAAAAAAAUUUUAAUUUAUUAAAACACGAAAAUUAUAAAAAUAAUAAUUUCACUUCUUUUUCUGUAAAAAUAAAUAACAAUAAUAAUAAACAUAAUUUAAAAAAAAAUAUGAAAUAUAAGUUUAAUUUAUAUAUAAGGAUGGAAUAUUGUAACAAUACUUUAGAAAAUUAUAUUAAUAGGAGAACAUAUAUUAAUUUUAAAAGAAAUCAAGAAAUAAUCCACAUGAUAAUAAUAGGAUUACAUUAUAUUCACAAAAACAAUAUCAUGCAUCGUGAUUUAAAGCCUUCUAAUAUUUUUAUUUGUGAUAACAAUAUUGUUAAAAUAGGUGAUUUCGGUUUAGCUUCAUAUGAUUAUUUAGAUGCAAGAAAAAUUAAUUCAUGUUCAAAAGAAUAUUCAUAUACUAACAAGAUUCAUAGCAUAAAUAAAACCAAUUUUGAAAGUAGCAUACAUAUUAAUUCAAAUGAAAGUAUAAUAAAAAAGAAAAACGUAAAUAGCAAAUUUAACAAGAAUAAAAAAAAAAAAAAAGAAGAAAAUAACAAUUUUUCAUUAUCUUAUUUAGCAAGAAAAAAAGUAAUUUAUUACUUAAAUAAACAUAUUUUUAAAAGAUUUAUGAGAGACGUUAAAAAAAAGCGUUUAUCAAAUUAUAAAUGCUUUGAUAAUUUGCAAAAUAAAAUGUUAAAUCAUUCUUCUGAGUUAGAUAAAUCAGAAGAGUCUAGCAACUCAGAAAAACUGAAUAAAUCAGAAGAACUAAUUAAAUUAAAUAAAUCCAAUAAAAGAAAUAGAACAAGUAUGCUACAUAUAUCAAGUAAGUUAAAUAAAUUAAAAAAGUUAAAAAUUUUAAACAAUUUUGGAAAAUCAAUUGAAUUUUACAAUAAAAUAGAUAAUACAAAAUCAUUUACACAUAAACAUUUCAAAAAUAAUUUCCCUAUUAAAAAUGAUGAUAGAAAUAGCAUUAAUAAAGUAUUUAGAGAAAAUGAAAACAUAAUAAAUGAAACCUUUACGUUUAAAAAAGUCAAGAAUAGUAAAAAAAUUAUUUCUUAUGAUAAAAAUUUAUGUGAUAAGACUGUUAUUAACGCAAAUAUAAACACUUUUGUUGAGAAUCAUAAUAAUGGCAUAAACGUUAAUAAGUUAAUAAAAUGUGAUAAUAUGAAGAAUCUUUUUAUGAUUUCUACAAAAAGAAACUAUACUAAUAGUGUAUUAGAUAAUAAUAAAAUGGAGAAGAAUGAUAAAGAUAAGAAAAUUAAUGAGAAAAGUUCUUAUUGUUAUUGCACUACAGAAAAAACAUUUUUACCUAAUUCUUUGACAAGAUACAAUAAAAAUAGUAAAUUCCAAAACAAAAGAAAUAACUUAAAAGAAUAUGAUUUUCACUUGCUUGGAAACAUUAAUAAUAAUAAAAUGUUCAAAAAUAAACAAGCAAAGAAGAAAGAAUUUUAUGACUAUAAUUAUCAGAUAAAAAUAUCAGAAAAAUCAAAUUUCAACUUGAAGGAUGAAAAAGAAUCUUAUCAUACUCAAGGAAUAGGAACAAAAAUGUAUUCAGCUCCUGAACAAUUAAUUGAACAUAAAUAUACAAAAGCAGUUGAUAUGUUUUCUCUCGGUUUAAUUAUAGUUGAUCUUUUUACUAUAACUGAAACAAAUAUGGAGAGAACAAAAAUUUUAUGUAAUGCUAGACAAAGAAUUUUACCUGAUUUGUUAAUUAAAAAACAUCCAAAUGUAGCAAAAUUAUGUAAAAAUUUAUUAUCCCUAGAUUACAAAUCUAGAUUAACUUCUGAAGAUUUAUAUAACAGAAUAUUAACUGUAGGUAACGUGUUUUAUUUCAACAAAUGA